UUCCCCUCUCGCCGGUCUAGCUGGAGAGCUACAUUCAGAGGAGCAUGACGUCGGAGGUGGCUCGGGUCCAGCAGCACGUCGCGCAGACCCACACGGCCACCAUGCUGGAGAUCGGGACGAGCCUCCUGAACCAAACGGCCGAGCAGACCAGGAAACUGACCGACGUGGAGGCCCAGGUUCUCAACCAGACCUCGCGCCUGGAGACCCAGCUGCUGGAGAACUCCCUGUCCACCACCAAGCUGGAAGAGCAGCUUCUGCAGCAGACAAACGAAAUCCACACGCUGCAGAGCAGGAACAACGUCCUAGAGACCCGGGUGCUGGCGAUGGAGAGCAAGCACCAGGCGGAGCUGGAAGGGAUGCGCACGGAGAAGGAGACGCUGCAGCGCCUGGUGAGCCGCCAGAGCCACACGAUCGAGGACCUGGAGAAGUCCCUGCGGGCCACCACCAGCAACGCCAGCCUGCUCCAGCGGCAGCAGCAGCAGCUCCUCGAGUCGGUCCAGAAGCUGGUGCGGCUGGGCUCCCCGGGCGAAGCUCCCCUCCGGCCGGAGGAGCGGCCCUUCCAGGACUGCGCACAGACCCGCCGUGCUGGGUUUAAUGCCAGUGGGGUUUACACCCUCCAUGUCGCCAACAUGACGGAGCCCAGGAAGGCGUUCUGCGACAUGGAGACGGACAGAGGCGGGUGGACGGUGAUACAGCGCCGAGCCAACGGCAGCGUCAAUUUCCAGCGGAAGUGGAAGGACUACAGACAGGGCUUUGGAGAUCCUGCUGGGGAGUACUGGCUGGGGAACGAGGCUGUGCAUCUCCUGACGAGCCAGGCUUCCUACGCGCUGAGAGUGGAGCUCCUGGACUGGGAAGGAAACCAGGCCUAUGCCCAUUAUGAGACCUUCCAGCUGGGCAGCGAGCGUCAUCUUUACAGGAUCACCCUGAAGGGCUACCGCGGGACCGCGGGCCGGCAGAGCGGCAUGGUCCUCCAGGGAACCAGCUUCAGCACCCGCGACUCGGAUAACGACAACUGCCUCUGCAAAUGCGCCCAGAUGCUGUCGGGAGGUUGGUGGUUUGAUGCCUGCGGCCUGUCGAACCUGAACGGCAUCUAUUACCCGGCCAAGCACAACGUCCGGAAGCUCAAUGGGAUCAGGUGGCACCAUUUCCAGGGGCCCAGCUACUCUCUAAAGGGCACGCGCAUGAUGAUAAGACCUUCAGACUUCUAGUGCCCCCGAGCAAGAUGAGGCAGAGGGCAAACCAAGCCCCCGGCCUCCGAACUGGCGGGCGACAAUCCUGCAUGGAACCGGUAGGACCAUUAGACCAGCGAUAGAUGGCAAAGGACUAGGGACACAGCCUAGCAGGAGCAGGGCUCUUGUAACCCAGUGCCUGGGACUCUAGCACAAGGAAAAGGAGGAAAACCCGGAGCUAAGAGGAGGCAUGACUCCAGGCCUGGGGUCGUGGGCCUCCAAAGAGAAGAAGAAAAAAAUAUCUAAAAACAAAACUUCCCGUUGGUGGGAAUUAUAAGUUUGAGACUAGUGUGAUUUUGUGCUAUGUUGUAGCAUCUCCAGGGGAAUCAUCCAGAGCACAAAGGGACUCUGUUGGAUCCCCCUCUCCCCAGGACGGUGGCUGAGAGGGACAAGGAAUAAUGCAGAGUGGAUAGAAGUGGGGUCUGGCGUCAGCACAUUCCAGCAAACACACGCCACCGUUUUCCCCGGCCACACGGCUUCCCGGCUCUUGUCUGCAGAUGCUGGCGGAGGAAGAGGGGGCUGGCUGGUUAGACAACCCGGGGCACAGGGUUCUCUGUAAGACGGGCUCUUAUGCGGCUGCUCAGCAGAGAUUCAGAUCCCGCCCAGCUGAUUAGCAGGGUGCCCACAGCUCUGUUUUUUGGUUCUGCUGGGAGUGGACAUUCACGCAUGCCUUGGUGUGUGUAAAAUUUAUUCCGCACAUGGCUGGAAAAAAUCUGCCCAUGGAUGGGAACGUAGAGGGAACAGUGCCUGGGGGCAUCUGAUCUGGAGGAAACCAGCCAGGGAGAGGCAAGAUGGACCAGCCUUGGGGCUUGCACGUGUGUUUUCACUUGCCAAGCUUCAGUUUCUCCUCGAAGGGGACCGGCCAAGCCUGCACCCGACCCUAUCGCGGAGCCGGCUGGUGCAAGAGGAGCGUGAGACCUCACAUGGGGAGCGCCGCACACAAGGGGCAUGUAGGAGGAAGCCCCUAGGGCUGGAAUGAAUGUUCUCUCCUUACGAGUUCAGUAACGUAUGCUGAGAGGGCAUGGUCUAGCAGACACACACACACACACACACAUACUGACACUCAGAAACACACAAACGCACUUAUACACACUCAUAUAAACACAUGCACACACAUACACAUA